GGCCUGCAAUGCUGCAGCAUUUUAUAUCCUGCAGCGGGAGCAAGGGUUCGACUCCAACUCCACCUUCAAUGUUGCUCUCCUCGUGCUGGUUUCCCUGUUCCUUUGUGGUUUGGCCUUGUCCAAUGGCUUGGAUCCUGGUGCAGUGGAUCCAGAUGAGGUGCAAUAUUUGAAGGAGUGGCGCACAAGUCCAAAAGUUAAGGUGACGUUGCCGCGAGAUCCCACGGAGGAUGAGAUCUUCGUUGUGGAAACCUCUGACGAGGAGGAGAAAGAGCCAUAUCGGUGGUGCCGAAGCUGCAACUUGUGGCGCCCUCCAGGGGUAUCGCAUUGCUCUGAGUGCAGGAAAUGCUUUUGGCGCAUGGACCAUCACUGCUGGCUGAUUGGAAACUGUGUCGCCAUGCGGAACCAUCGCUUCUUCACACUCAUGGUGGUUUGUGGGUGUUUGGCAUGGACCUCCGUCUUGGUGAAGACGCUGUGGGACUUCUUCCUGGAGGAGACUCAUCGAAAUUUCCUGGAAUUUGAGUGGUUUGACAUCAUUGCAGUUCUUUUCAUUGUUUGGUCACUACUCGGCUUGGCCUUCUUGGUGCCCUUCUCGCUGUUCCACGUUUCAGCUUUGCUUUGCAACAUCACCAGCAAGAAUGCCUGUGGUCAUCGCCGUAUCAGUUGGACAUCCCGCCGGAUGAACGGUUUCGAGGAGUACGAUCAGAUUUUCUGUGGGCCACUCCAGAUGCGGCCUUGUCAAGAGCAUCGAUCCAUACACAUGCAGCCCCGGGAGACGACCAACGGGUGAGGGAUGAGCAUCACAGAAUCGGUCCAAGCUGUGGGGCUUUAUGCUAAUUCGUUCGAAUGAACAUACACAUAGAUUCAAGGCCAUAGGACCAAAAACCAAAUCCUUUGCAAUUCUAGGAGGAAUCUGAAGAGUUC